AAGUUAAUUGAUAUCAUCAAUGAUAACAAAAAAUAUGCUUUAAAUCAAGAAUAUUCUUCAGAAGCUAUUCAGAUUGAAAUUGAAAAUGAGUAUAAUAAUAUUUUAAAGGUUGUGAAAAGUAAAUAUACAAACAAAAUCAGACAAAAAACAUUAAGACGAUUAAAAAGAAAAUAUCCUGAUGAAAAAAAAAAGAAAGAAAUUAAAAUAGAAAAUAUUAACAAGGUGCUUUAUUUAAAGUCUACAGAUGAAAAUAUGAUUAAAAGACAACAAAACAGAGAUCGAGAAGCAGAAACUUAUACUAAAGAAUAUUUAAUUAAUUUAUCUGAUUUUUAUGAAAAAUUAAUUGAUAAAAUUUAUUCUUCUCAUAUUAAAAUUGAAAAUGAUUGUUCUGUUGAGGAGUAUGGGAAGAAUUAUUUUGAAAAAUUAUUUGCUGAUCUUCUAUAA